AUGACGGACACAGCAGUAAUAAUAAUCGGUGCCGGUAUCUCGGGAGUUGCUAUGGGCCACAAGCUCAAGCAUGAACUGCGGACGGAUGAAUUUGAGAUAUACGAGCGCGAGGAGCAAGUUGGUGGCACGUGGUACAUUAACAACUACCCAGGAUGUGCAAACGAUAUACCCAUUCAGCUCUACUCGUUCUCAUUCGCUCAGCGUAACUGGGGCAGCACUCUGUGGGCAACCCAGCCAGUCAUAGAGAGGUAUAUCCAGGACGUGGUGAAGGAGCACAGACUGAGUGAUCAUAUAUACCUCUCACAUUCUAUCCUCGAUGCCGAUUACGAUGUGGCGCGAGAGAUUUGGACGGUGUCUGUGAAGAAUAAUGGCACUGGAGAAGUGUUCAAGCGUACUUGCAAUAUCCUUAUCACUGCACACGGUGGUUUAGACACUCCACGCCCUAUUGACACACCAGGUGUCGAUACCUUCAACGGCAAAGUGUUGCGUUCACAGCGCUAUGACGAAAACGUUGAUAUUACGGACAAGAAUGUCGUCGUCGUUGGCAAUGCUUGUACAGCAACGCAGAUCAUAGCUGAGAUAGCACCCAAAGUUAAAUCUCUCACGCAGUUUGCGCGUGGCAAGCAAUGGUAUAUACCCAAACCACCCAAUCUCGCCAAUUAUCCACGUAUACAGUGGAUGACGGAGAAUAUACCGAGUAUACACACUUUUAUCAGAAACUUUAUAUUUUUUGCGACAGAGUAUUACUUCGCAGCUAUGUACGCGGAGAAAGGCAAAGGAGUGCGCAAGGCGCGUAUGGAAGAGUCCGCGAAUCACAUGAAAAACCUAGCGCCUGCCAAAUACCACGAUGCACUCAUUCCUGAUUUUGAGAUAUUUGCGAAGCGGAGAGUGUAUGAUGACGAAUAUCUCAAGUCACUCAAUUCCGAAAAAAUAGACUUAGUGGCUGAGCGACCAGCACGGAUAACUUCGACAAGCGUAGUGAAGCAAGAUGGAACAGAAGUGGCAGCGGAUGUGAUAAUAUUCGCCAUCGGAUUCGACACCACUACGAAUAAAUUCACAGAGCAUUUCCACAGCAACGGCCUCAGUAUACGCGAAUAUUGGAGGAGAUCUAAUAUGGGCGCGUAUUUAGGCACGGCUCUAGCACCAUUUCCCAACUUGUUCCUCCUCGGCACAGCCAGUCCGAACACGGCGAGUGGGCACAACUCGGUGCUAUUCACAGCGGAAUGCACUGCCAACUAUAUUAUUCGCUUGGCAGGGCCAAUAAUACGCGCGAAGAAGGGUAGCGUGCGCGUGACGGAGGGUGCUGAGCGGGAGUACCAGCAGUGGAUCAGAGAGAAGCACCAAGAGAUGAUAUGGGAGAAUGGGGGAGCGCACUCCUUCUACCAGGACGAAAAUUCAGGAAAGAACGUUGCACUUUAUCCCCGCUCACACACGCAUUACUGGUGGAAGACGCUCAUACCGAACGAUGACCAUUUCACGUUUAGUGGCGUGUCUAAACCGUGGCUUAUGCGCCUCACUUCCAGACAAGCGUUGACAGCGUAUGGCGCCGUAGUUGCUGCUAGCGUUGCGACGUGGUGUAUCAUGUGA